AUGGCCUCGAUCUUCCGGAGUGAGGAGAUGAGCUUGAUGCAGCUCUUCCUCCAAGUGGAGGCUGCCUACUGCUGCAUUGCUGAGCUCGGGGAGCUGGGCCUGGUUCAGUUCAGAGAUCUGAAUGUGAAUGUCAACAGCUUCCAGAGAAAGUUUGUGAAUGAAGUGAGAAGGUGUGAAUCCUUAGAGAGGAUCCUGCGUUUUCUGGAAAAUGAGAUGGAAGACAAUGUUGAGAUGGUCAGACUAGAAAAGUACCCAGAGACCCCUCUGCCUCGGGAAAUGAUUGAUAUGGAGAUGGUGCUGGAGAAACUUGAGGCCGAGCUGCUGGAAGCCAAUCAGAACCAGCAAGCUCUGAAGCAGAACUUCCUUGAGCUGACAGAGCUCAAACAUCUGCUGAAGAAAACACAGGACUUUUUUGAGACAGAAACCAAUCUGCCAGAUGAUUUCUUCAGUGAAGACACAUCUGGCUUACUGGAGCUGAGAAGCACUCCUGCUGCUGCAGCUGCCAAGCUGGGAUUCACAGCAGGGGUAAUAAAGAGGGAAAGGAUGAUACCCUUCGAGCGUUUACUGUGGCGAGCCUGCAGGGGAAACAUCUAUCUGCGGUACACUGAAAUGGAUACUCCCUUGGAGGACCCUGUCACGAGAGAAGAGAUGAAAAAGAAUGUGUUCAUUAUCUUCUAUCAAGGAGAACAACUUAAACAAAAAAUCAAGAAGAUUUGUGACGGAUUUCGUGCCACAGUCUAUCCCUGUCCAGAGUCUGCAACCGAGCGUCGAGAAAUGCUUGAUGGAGUGAACACAAGGAUAGAAGAUUUAAACACAGUGAUAACCCAAACUGAGUCCCACCGCCAGAGAUUGCUGCAUCAGGCAGCGGCCAACUUGUGGUCCUGGGGGAUCAAGGUGAAGAAAAUCAAGGCCAUCUACCACAUUCUGAAUUGCUGUAACAUCGAUGUCACCCAGCAGUGUGUCAUUGCAGAGAUCUGGUUCCCAGUGGCUGACGCUGGCCGGAUAAAAAGAGCUCUCCAUCAGGGAAUGGAGCGAAGCGACUCUACCAUUGCUCCUAUCCUGACUGCUGUGCACACCAGGAUGGCACCUCCCACCUUCAACAGGACCAACAAGUUCAUGGCUGGCUUUCAGAACAUCGUGGAUGCAUAUGGUGUGGGCAACUACAGGGAGAUAAACCCAGCUCCUUACACCAUCAUCACCUUCCCCUUCCUGUUUGCGGUGAUGUUUGGAGAUUGUGGCCAUGGUGCUGUCAUGCUGGGCUUUGCACUCUGGAUGGUCACUAACGAGAAGAGCCUUUUGGCCCAGAAGAGCACUAAUGAGAUCUGGAACACCUUUUUCAGUGGGCGCUACCUGAUCCUGCUCAUGGGCAUAUUUUCCAUGUAUACUGGCUUCAUCUACAAUGACUGCUUCUCCAAAUCGUUCAACAUCUUUGGCUCUUCCUGGCAUAUCAUCCCCAUGUUUAAAAAUAACACUUGGACUAACGAUGUGCUUCUGGACAAUAUGGUGCUGCAGCUGGAUCCAGCAGUCCCAGGAGUCUACUCUGGAAAUCCAUAUCCAUUUGGAAUAGAUCCGAUCUGGAAUGUUGCAUCAAACAAGCUGACUUUCCUGAACUCCUACAAAAUGAAGAUGUCGAUUGUCAUAGGGAUUGUGCACAUGGUUUUCGGUGUGGUACUCAGUCUCUUCAACCACAUCUACUUCAAGAGAUAUAUAAACAUUAUCCUGCAAUUCAUUCCAGAGAUGAUCUUUAUCAUCUCUCUUUUUGGCUACCUGGUCUUCAUGAUUAUUUUCAAAUGGUGCCAUUUUGAUGUCCACUCAUCCCAGAGCGCGCCAAGCAUUCUCAUCCACUUCAUCAAUAUGUUCCUAUUUAAUUACAGUGAUACUGCAAAUGCUCCGUUGUAUCUGCAUCAGAAGGAAGUACAGAGCUUUUUGGUCAUAUUUGCCCUGAUUGCUGUUCCCUGGAUGCUUCUAAUUAAACCUUUCAUUCUCCGAGCUAACCACCAGAAAGUACAACGCAUGAUUCAAUCUGAAGCCAACUCAGCAAACCCUGCAGAUGAAAGCGAAGCAGAUGUCCCAGAGGCCAAUCACUCCAAGAAAGCUGCCCAGGGAGACCACAGUGGUGGCCAUGGAGGACAUGAGGAUGAUGAUGAAGAGUUCAACUUUGGAGACACAUUUGUCCACCAAGCUAUUCAUACUAUCGAAUAUUGCCUGGGCUGCAUCUCCAACACAGCAUCCUACCUGCGGCUCUGGGCAUUGAGCUUAGCUCAUGCACAACUGUCAGAGGUUCUCUGGACCAUGGUGAUGCACAAUGGGCUCAACAACAGCAGUUGGUCAGGCCUCAUUAUCAUCUUUAUCAUCUUUGCAGCAUUUGCAGUGCUGACUGUAGCCAUCCUGCUCAUCAUGGAAGGGCUCUCAGCCUUUCUGCAUGCUUUGCGUCUUCACUGGGUGGAGUUCCAGAACAAGUUCUACAUCGGGGCAGGCUACAAAUUUUCUCCGUUCUCUUUCAAGCAUAUCAUAGAUGGCACUGCAGAAGAAUAA